GAAGUAAUCAUCGGUUUUUCAAUAAUGAUUAUCGCAUGACAAUAAUCAUAUUGUCAAUUCUUAUAUUAUGUGCUAGUUGUAUGCAUCAAACAAUGGCUGUGGUCAAAUAAACAUAAACUGGAACAAAUUUUUGCCUGAUAUCGGUGGUAUUGAGAGCACUCCACGUAACAAUUACGAAGAUGCUUAUUGAGCAGCUGAAGAGCUCCCCCUCCCUCCCCUUUUAUUAUUAUUAUUGUGGGAGGCUAGUUUAGGAACAAGAAGUUAAAAGAAACGCCAUAAAGCAAUUUUUAAGCUGAAAAGGUUUUUGUGUAUGUGCCCUUCGAAUGUCACUGUAAGUUACCUGAUCUUUGGUCACUCGCUGAAAUAAAUUAUGCUUUGUUAUAAAUCUAACUGUCGCGUACCAAAGAGAAAACACGCAUUUGUUUCUGUUAGUAGAAAGCGUAGCUCUCAUAAUUUUGAGUUGCCAAACUAUAUGAGUGCAAAUAAAGCAAAAUGUCUAUACGAUAAGGGCCAUGAACUCUUUUUUUUUUUCCUUCGCCAUUGUAACAUGUCGUCAAAAAAUAAAACCACUGCAGAAAAGUCAUUCAAAGGCUCGCUUAACCGAGAUACACUGAAGAUGUCUCAAAACAAGCCGGCAACGUCUUCAGAGCGAACAAAACAUAAAACUCCUUUUCCUGCUUCAAAAAAAUACGUUAGCAAGAACGUGUCUCCGAGCAAGAGAAAGUUGGAAGAGGAAGAUACGAGAGAUGUUGACUUUAUAGUAUCGACUAAAGAUCCUCCACCACUGGUUUUACCUCUACCAAACGAUGAUAUCGAUUCAUUUCUUGGAUUGCUAUCUGGCAUAAUUCAAAAGCAUCUGGAGGAGGAGGAUUCAGUCGAUCUUGACGAAAAACGGGUUGAACAAUCAAGAAGAAGUACACAAGCAACAAAAGAAGAUGUACAUCCUCUCUUAAAUCAAGCAUCAUAUGACGAGGAUUUAUACUUUGUAGAUUUAGACACUUACAACGAAAGAGAAAUUCUUGACUGUACCUAUGAUUUCGAUCCAAUCGUUCUUGAAACAAUAGAGGAAACACCAGAAGCAGUAGAAAGCAACACUUCUCUUAGCCUAGUAAAGAAUCAAGUUGAUGAUGUAAAAAAUAAAAGCCCCAAAGAUGAUAAGAGUCCAGUGAAGGACUACAUCUCCUGGUUAAUAUUUGACGACGACGGUGAAUUUAUAAAAUUUAAGGUAAAAGAAGUAUCUCUUAUAGAAUUAUUAUACUCAUUGAUCUUAGGAUGAAUGUGAUUUAAUUGAACGUGAACCUGUAUUUGAUGAAGCUACGCGUGAGUUUUUUUCAACUAUCGAACAAUCUAUCAGGCAAUAUGAAAAUAUGUCCUCAGUUUCAGUUAGAAAUGCUGUUAAGUCUCCGCCCGUUAAAGGUAUAAAGAGCACGACAGACAAUGUUAAAAUAGGUACGGGGAAAAAAGCAUCAAAUGAGAGAGAAGAUGACGAGAAGUCACU